GACCUAGAGAUCCGUAAGGAACGACGCAUAAUCCUGGACUGUGAACAAGACAAAGUCAAAGACAUCAUGGAACAGGUGAUCACUAUAGGCAGGCAUGUGAAGGGGUACCACUAUAUCAUCGCUAACCUGGGUUUUGUAGAUGGCGACCUAUCUAAAAUCCAGUAUGGAGGUGCGAAUGUGUCUGGGUUUCAGAUAGUAGACUUUGAUGAUCCUGUGGUGGCAAAGUUUGACCAGCGAUGGGAGGCCCUGGAAGAGAAGGAGUAUCCAGGAGCUGAUUCACGAAUCAGAUACACCUCAGCCCUCACCUAUGAUGCUGUCCAUGUGAUGACGGAGGCAUUCCGCUUUCUUCACAAGCAGAGAAUAGACAUGAGUCGUCGUGGCAACAGUGGGGACUGUUUGGCCAACCCAGCAGUUCCCUGGGCACAAGGGGUGGAGAUUGAACGUGCCCUCAAACAGCAAUCUUAA